AUGAUUACAGAAACAAAUGGGAUGAUGUUUAAAAUCCUGCUCCUACUUGGUUGCGUGCAUUGCAUAUGGGGCCAUGCUCGUUUGAUGGAGCCACCAUCGCGUUCAAGUAUGUGGAGACAUGGAUAUGACACUCCUAAAAACUACGACGACGAUGGCUUGUAUUGUGGUGGAAUGCAUACUCAGUGGAAGAUGAAUGGAGGUAAAUGCGGAGUUUGCGGUGAUCCUUGGCACCUCGAUGUUCCACGUCCAAAUGAAAAUGGAGGGAAGUUUGGCAACGGGAUCAUCGUAAGACAUUACAAGCCUGGACAGGUUAUUCCAGCAGUUGUAGAUAUUACAGCUAAUCAUAGGGGCUACUUUGAGUUUCGAAUCUGUGCAAACAAAAACAGAAAAAAGGAAGUCACCCAAGAAUGUCUGGACCAAAAUGUCUUGACUAUUAUUAAUAGUACAAGUACACAGUACCAUGUAGGUGAGCAUGGUAGAUCCCGAGUGACUUUAGCUUUACAAUUGCCAAAAGGAUUUACUUGCAAAUAUUGCGUCUUUCAAUGGACUUAUAUAGCAGGAAACAACUGGGGAAAAUGCAAAAAUGGAUCUUUUGCUUUAGGAUGUGGAGCUCAAGAAACCUUUAAAGCAUGUGCAGAUAUCUCCAUCAGCGAACGAACAAUAACCCUUCCCAACCCAACGAAAACGAUCGGAGAACCGAGUAAUGUAAAACCAGUCACCGUUAAUCACCCAACGACUGUCACCAAACCGAAUCAUGCGAACCGACGCAAGACCACUGCCAGUAUUAAACCAACCAGCACAGCUUCACCAAGUGUUAAUAAAAAUAAAAAUAAGAAAUACCCUCCGCUUCCGAGGCCUACGAUUAUAAAAGGUGAAACUUUCCAAGAGGCUUUGGAUCGAAUCAGAAAAGAUCCAAGACUCAGAUGGAUGCUGCAAGGAAGAAAACCUAGCUAAUGGUUAGAUUUUUAAUGAUUCGUUAAUACAUCAUUUGACUGAAUUUCUAUGGAUUUUUUUUCGCUUCACAUAUUUAUUGUAAAUAAUUCUUUUCUUAUAAUAUAAUUUAUGACUGUGGUUUUAAAUCGGGAGGUUUUGGUACAAUA